CGUCUUGAACGUGGAGAAAAUAUGGAGGAUGAAGAUUCUUUUGGUCAGGGCACCGGAGAGGCUAGGGAUAGUUUAUCGACCCUUCCGAGGAAAAUCGCUAUUCAGUUCUUCGUAGAAUUUAAAACUGCAGAUUAUACUACAGCUGUGAUAGGGAUAUUUAAGCAUGUAGAUGUAGCGGACCUGGCAAGGUGUGCUUGCGUAUGUCGGUCAUGGAAAGUUAUCACUCAAGCUAACACUCUGUGGAAUAGGUUGGAUUUUUACCAAGUUAGGAAUAGGUUGCUGCAAGUGAGCAGGAAAAGGAGAUGUAGUAUUGAUGAGAAUAUGCUAAGGGUAACAGAUAAAGUUGUGACAAAACUACUGUACAAAUGCCGGCCAUAUUUGAUUCACUUGAACAUGCGAAGUUGCCAGUUUGUGUCGGAACCGUCGUUCACAAGUAUUAGUGAAUGCAGUAAUCUUCAGGAUCUUAACUUUUCCGAAUGUCUCGGACUUAAUGAUGAGGUGAUGAAAUUGGUUGCUAAGGGAUGUAAGAUCUUGCUGUAUCUGAAUUUAUCACAUACCAAAAUAACAGACGCCUCUCUUAGAACUAUUGCCAAAUACUGCAGUAAUCUACAGUACCUAUCUCUAGCCCACUGUAAGAAGUUUACGGAUCGUGGAUUGCUGUAUCUGUCGUCUGGAAAGAACAGCAAGAAGCUUGAUUAUCUAGAUGUCUCCGGAUGCUUGCAGAUAACACCAGACGGGUUCAAGAAUUUGUCACAAGGAUGUACAAAUCUCCAGACUUUGCUGCUGAAUGAUUUUCCAACCCUCAGUGAUGACUGCCUCACCCCUGUUGCCAACAAACUAACCAAACUUAACACAAUGUCAUUCCUCGGUUCCCCUCUCCUCUCAGAUGAAACUUUUAAAAGGAUAGCCGGGAACAAGAAUCUUAAAAAAAUCAAAAUUGAAGGGAACCACAGAAUAUCUGAUGUGAGCUUGCGUGUGAUAGGUAUGCAUUGCUCAAACCUGGAACAUAUCUACAUUGCUGACUGCCAAAGAUUGACCGAUCUAGCAUUGAAAUCAUUGGCAUCAUGUAAAUUUUUGACUGUGGCUAAUUUUGCAGACUGUGUCAGAAUAACUGAUAAAGGUGUGAGACAGCUUGUUGAUGGACCAUGCGGCCCCAAGUUACGAGAACUCAAUCUUACAAAUUGUAUACGCGUGGGAGAUAUGGCCAUGGUGAAUAUUCAUAAACGUUGCCACAAUUUGACGUACUUGAGUGUGUGUUUCUGUGAGCACAUCAGCGAAGCAGGUAUCGAACUUCUUGGUCAGACCCAUAGUAUAACGUCGAUAGAUAUCUCUGGUUGCAACUGCGGGGACGGUGGUCUCUCAUCACUUGGCAACAACAGUCGUUUGCGGGACGUCACUUUGUCAGAAUGUGCCAACAUUACAGAUCUUGGUCUGCAGAAGUUUGCUCAGCAGUGUAAAAAUAUUGAGAGGCUUGAUUUAUCUCACUGCAUGCAAAUCACAGAUGGUGCAAUAAAGAACCUGGCAUUUUGCUGCAGAAUGUUGAAUGUACUUAACCUAGCUGGCUGUAAACUGGUGACAGAUUUAAGUAUACAGUACUUGUCGGGAGUGUGCCACUACUUAUUCCAGUUAGAUGUUAGCGGAUGUUUACUUAUUACUGAUAAGGCUUUGAAGUAUCUACGUAAAGGGUGUAAGAAGUUAAAGAUGUUGACAUUGCUGUACUGUAAAGGUGUAUCAAAGAAUUCCGCUCAGAAGAUGAUGCGGCAUGUAGAAAAUGUACAGUACAGUAGUGACGAGGUGCCGUCCUACUUUGGCUACUGAACGGAAACUGACAUAAUUAUAAGCAACAUAUCAAAUCUAAAACUUUCAUGAACAGAUUCUCCCUAUGUUUCAUGACUUCAAAGACUUAAAAUAUUUUAGAUAAUGUUAAACUGUUUUAUGUAUGCCUUUCCCCACUAAAUUUAUGCAAUGGAUUUGCCCUGUUUUACAUUUGGAGCAGUUAAUUAUUAGUU